CUGACCAGCCAUCUCUACACUGAACAAGGGAAGCUGGUGCUGCUUUAGCAUCUUCCUUCCAUAAACAUGACUGAGCAGGCAGACAUCCUCCCUGCAAGGAAUGCAGACUCUGAAGAUAAACUGAUCCUCUAUCACUGGACCCACUCAUUCACUUCCCAGAAGGUUCGUCUUGUCAUAGCAGAGAAGGCAUUGAAGUGUGAAGAGCAUGAUGUGAGUCUCCCUUUAAAUGAACACAACGAACCCUGGUUUAUGAGGUUGAACCCCUCAGGGGAAGUCCCUGUUCUCGUUCAUGGAGAAACAAUCAUUUGUGAAGCCACGCAAAUCAUAGAUUAUCUGGAACAUACUUUCAAAGAUGAAAACACACCCAGAUUAAUGCCACAAGAAGGAAGCAUGUAUUAUCCCAGAGUACAGCACUAUCGAGAACUGCUAGACUCCUUACCCAUCGAUGCCUAUACACAUGGCUGCAUUCUACAUCCGGAAUUAACAGUAGAUUCUAUGAUACCUGCUUAUGCAACAUCUAGGAUCCGUGCUCAAAUAGGAAAUACUGAAUCUGAACUCAAGAAACUUGCUGAGGAAAAUCCAGAUCUAGAAGAUGCCUACAUAGCAAAACAAAAGCGUAUAAAAACAAAAUUGCUGGACCAUGACAACAUAAAGUACUUGAAGAAAAUACUUGAAGAAUUAGAUAAGGUCUUGGAUCAAGUGGAAACUGAACUCCAGAGACGAAACGAAGAAACACCAGACGAAGGCAAAGAGUCAUGGCUCUGUGGACAGUUUUUUAGCCUCGCAGACGUAACCUUAGCUGUGACAUUACAUCGACUGAAGUUUCUUGGAUUUGCUAGAAGAAACUGGGGGAACGGAAAGCGCCCCAAUAUGGAAUUAUAUUAUGAGCGUAUCCUACAACGAAAGACUUUUAACAGUGUUCUCGGAAAUGUCAACAAUAUAUUAAUCUCUGCUGUCUUACCAACUGCAUUUCGCGUGGCCAGAAAACGUGCCCCAUCUAUCCUCGGAUCCACUUUGAUGGUGGGCAUUCUGGCAGGUGCUGGCUAUGUAUUAUUUAUGUGUGUUAGAAAACGUUUAUUCAAUGUAUUCUCAACAUUCAAAAGUAAACAUUUUUAGCAUCUUAGAGUUAUUAAUCAGCAACUACAUCAGCAAGUUUGCUCGAAAGACAGAUCACCUUUUAAUUGUGGGCAUAAUAAUUAAAGAAAUAUUUUUUUCUAAGUCAGGAGAUUCGUCCUAAUUGUCAGUUUAAUUAUUUCAUUAUGUUUCGCACCUUCUUUUACAGCACCUGAAAUUAAAUAAUGAAUGCUAAUUUUAGAUAUGACUUUUGCAGCGCCGGCCGGUGAUUGUGAUAUAAUAAGAAGCACAGCUGGUAUUAAAAAGGGAUUAUUCAGCAAAAAGUAAGACAAGUGGACUUAUGAAGGUAGACAUAAUGUAAUGUGGUCCUACUGAAAUUGAUGCAGAUGUAAUAAAACACAUCACAAAUGUGGCA